CCCAGGAACCCAUCUAUGGAUACGUUGGUGCUUCAAAUCCAGAUAGAUCUACAGGUGGACCAAUUCCGUGACUUCAUGAGAGGGAAAUCACUUGUUGGACACUUUCUGGCCGCUUUCUACCCAAGUGGAGAUGUCUGAGGAAAAUCUGGGGGAAGAUUCGGUCAGCUCCCCUGUCUCUCCUGUGGACAGCCUGAGCAACAGCGAGGGGGAGCAGGACAGACAGCCGAAGAGGUGUGGAAGGAAGAGGAGACCGAGCAGGAAAAACGGGGAGGACUCAGAUAGCCCUACCCCUGGGAAAAGAGGGAAGAAGUCCAACAGCAGCAGCCCCCAGUCUUUCGAGGAUCUCCAGUCGCAGCGGGUCAUGGCAAACGUCCGGGAGCGCCAGAGGACCCAGUCUCUCAACGAGGCGUUCACAUCUUUGCGGAAAAUUAUCCCCACUUUGCCCUCGGACAAACUCAGCAAAAUACAGACCCUAAAACUUGCAGCCAGAUACAUCGACUUCCUCUACCAGGUGCUUCAGAGCGACGAACUGGACGCCAAAAUGGCAAGUUGUAGUUAUGUGGCUCAUGAGAGGCUGAGCUACGCCUUCUCAGUGUGGAGGAUGGAGGGCGCUUGGUCCAUGUCAACAUCUCACUAGUAUCUGGAGAAAUUAUGCCCUAAAUGGUGACUGCUGAAUCUUCUGAUCACAUUCUGACGGGACAAAUCUGGAGUCCAAUGCUGGAUACAUGGGAUCACUCUAUUUAAACCAAAGACGACAGAAGCUUUGUGGGAUCAUUUUGCCAAGGCCCGACAUGGACAUGCAGCCGUGCCUUAGCUCCAUACACUCCCAUUCUGAUGCGUUUUCAUGUUGUUGACGACGAAUGUUGAAAAUAUCCUGUUUUCUUUUUUUUUUUUUUUUUUUAGGAAAAGGUGUUUUUCAUGAACGUCUUUGGACCUAUUUCUGUGGAGGUCAUAGUGCAUUAUUGAAGUGGUUGUGAGACUGUCAACUGGUGGUGUAGCUCACAAUAUAGGCUGACUGUGUGGAUCUAACCUGUGCAAAAAAUAUUUUCAGAAUACAUUUAUUUAUUUAUUGGUGAAACGUGGUACAUUGAGGAACUGAUCUUGUGUCUGAAGUACAAAAUGCAUUCCUAUUUUUUACUAUCGUUUGUUGUAAAUCUUUGUAUAUUUUUUUGCAUUAAAGAAAAUGACAAUCAAAGUGUUUGCCUUUGGCGUUUUUGUGCCAAACAGAAUGAAGAUAAAAAGCACUGUAAUUUGGUAGAAAAAAGUAAACUAUACUACUUAAAAUAAAAUAGCUUUUGUGCAUGUAUCACGUGGACUGUACUUCAGAUUUAAUGACUAAAGCUUCCACUGUAUCGCCAGUCACUUGGGAAAACAGAUGGAGUUAUUAUUGGCUCAAGUGAAAGCGUUGGAGAAACAUGCAGCUCUUUUUUACAUGUCGUUAUACAUCCAAUAGGAACAAAGAAAAUAUUUUUUUCUCGUCAUUUAGUACAACUCAAACUAUUUAAGACACAAUUCAAACGUGAGAAAAAGUUUUA